AUGAAGUUCACAGCCCUUGCCUCCGCUCUCUUUGUGGCAUCCGCCACAGCCUUUGCUCCACCUGCUUUCGUGAGCAAGAAUGCCGGAGUCUCCUCCACCCAACAAAUGGCUUUCAAGUCUGAAAUUUUCACCACACAAGAAGUCCAAUUGGGAGAGACCAAGGAAACAAUUGUGAAGGGAGGACGUGAUCUCUUCCCCUUGCUUCCAAAGGCCUUCGAGGGAAUCAAGAAAAUUGGUGUUAUCGGAUGGGGAUCCCAAGCUCCUGCUCAAGGACAAAACUUGAAGGACUCCCUUGCGGCAGCUGGUACCGACAUUGUCGUCAAGGUCGGACUUCGUGAGGGAUCUUCUUCCUUCGCGGAGGCCCGCGAGUGCGGAUUCAGCGAGGAAGACGAUACCCUUGGAGAAAUGUUCGAUGUUAUCAAGGAAUCUGACUUGGUUAUGUUGCUCAUCUCUGAUGCCGCCCAAGCUAACCUUCACAAGGAAAUCUUCGCCGCCAUGAAGCCAGGUGCUACCCUUGGCCUUUCCCACGGAUUCCUUUUGGGACACCUUGAUUCCAUUGGCGAGAAAUUCCCAGCUGAUAUGGAUGUUAUCGCCGUCUGCCCCAAGGGUAUGGGACCUUCCGUCCGUCGUCUCUACGAACAAGGUAAGGAAGUCAACGGAGCCGGAAUCAACUCCUCUUUCGCUGUCCACCAAGAUGUCAGCGGAAAGGCCACUGACCUCGCUCUUGGAUGGGGCAUUGGUGUUGGAUCUCCUUUCUUGUUCGAGACUUCCCUUCGCUCUGAAUACUGCUCCGAUAUCUAUGGAGAGCGUGGAAUCCUUUUGGGAGCCGUCCACGGAAUUGUUGAAUCCUUGUACCGCCGUUACCAAAGACAAGGCAUGACCGCUGAAGAUGCCUUUGUUCAAUCUUGCGAAUCUAUUACCGGAAAUAUCGUCAAGAUCAUCUCCACCCAAGGUAUCAAGGCUGUUUACGAAAGACUUGAGGGCGAGGACAAAAAGACUUUCCAAACUGCAUACUCUGCUUCUUACAAGCCUGCUAAGGAAAUCCUUCAAGAAAUCUACGAUGAGGUUUCUUCUGGAAACGAAAUCAGAACCGUUAUCAUGCACGGUGCUCGUACUUCCGAGUACCCUGUCGGUAAGAUCGAUGGAACCGACACUUGGACUGUCGGAGAGAAGGUUCGUGCCAACCGUGACGAGGAUAACAUCCCAUUGAACCCCUUCACCGCUGGUGUCUACGUUGCCACCAUGAUGGCUCAAAUCGAUGUGCUCCUUGAGGAAGGCCACCCUUACUCCGAGGUUGUCAACGAAUCUGUUAUUGAGGCCGUUGAUUCCCUUUGCCCAUACAUGCACUACCGGGGUGUUGCAUUCAUGGUUGAUAACUGCUCCUUCACAGCCAAGACUGGAUCACGAAAGUGGGCUCCUCGCUUCGACUACAUCUUGGAUCAACUUGCAUACACUGCUGUCGACAACGGCGUACCAGUUAACGAAGACCUUAUCAAGGACUUCGAGACCCACAGAGUCCACCAAGCCGUUGAAGAGUGCUGCAAGCUUCGACCGCCUGUUGAUAUCAGUCUUUUCGCCGAGACUUCCACAAAGGAAAUUGUUAUUGAGUAA